AUGCAUUGUGGUGACAUUCUUCGCAACCCAGGACCCGAAUGGAAGUAUCCCUGCGGUGUGUGUCAAAAACCAGUCAAGAAUAAUCAGAAAGGUCUCCAAUGUGACUCCUGUGAUCUCUGGUACCACACAAAUUGUUGUCGUGUAAAUGACAUUGUGUAUAAUGCACUAGCUAAUAGCUCAUGUUCGUGGAUUUGUUGUGGAUGUGGACUCCCCAAUUUCUCCAGCUCGCUUUUUGACAUAUUUGAUAUAUUCAUGCAGAAUUAUUACCACUCAUUGCCAUCAUCACCAACAUCAUCAUCAAUGUCACCCACGUGUGAUAAUGGAGCCGACCUAAGACCAAAUGAUGUCAUCGGUCCUCCAAGACACUCGUCAAGCCCAUCUCGUUCUGCCACAAAGAGGAAGAACUUAAGGGUGCUCACGGUCAACUGCCAAAGUCUUCGUUGUCAUAGUAAGCAUCUUGACAUUGCAAUGCUAGUGCAAAAAUAUAAUCCCGAUGUAAUUAAUGCAACAGAAACUCAUCUUAAUUCGGACUUUACAAACUCGGAACUUGGCCUAAGGGGAUAUGAUGUAAUAAGAUGUGAUAGAGUUGGUGGCAUGGGACCUGGGGGAGGAGUGUUAGUAGCCACACGGGAAGACCUACUAGUUUCACCAACAUCCUCAUUACAUACUGAUGGUCUUGAAGCAGUGUUUGGCAAGAUAAAUAUAUCUGGAUCCAAAACCCUUCAUGUUGGAUGUGUUAAUAGACAACCCAAC